AUGUCUCGCGUUGCAACACAACCACGUAAUACACUCACUCAAAAUGGUAUAUCCUCACAACAACCAACGUUACCAUCUUCAUCGUCGUUCACCACAAAUUCACGUAACAGCAAUGUUACCGUUAAGAGUGCCGCACCACCAUUGGCAACAAAAGAAACUGUACAUGCGUGUCCAUCAUGUAACAGUGAAUAUAAAGAUCCUCGCGUUUUGCCUUGUACGCAUACAUUUUGUUUACAAUGUAUCAGAGAUAAAUUAGUUAAAAACAAUCGUGUCACAUGUCCACGAUGUCAUUCCGUAUUCGCUCCCUUCGAUGAACAACAAGCUCUUGAUUUACCAAAAAACAUGAUUUUAAGUCAAGAAUGGAAGGCAACAAAACAACUUCCACCACAGAAAAAAAAUUCAGGCGUUACCUACGGUUCAAAUGCUAGUAUAAAACCUACACUAAAUAAUAACAUUACGUCAUUGACACCACCAUUAUCAAAUAAAUUACAACAAAAAAAACAACAUAUACCUACAUUGCAGCCGACAACGAUCCAUUAUCAACCUGCACUGGAUAUUACUGUACACGAUCGAACAUCGGAGACACCAUCUCGCACUUCGUCAAUAAUAGGUAGUGGUGGUAUAAAAUCCAGAGGACAUUCAGUCUCAUCUACAACAUCUUUGUCGAAUGUACGUGACAAUGGUGCUCUAAUUUCAAAUUUACAGAAAAUAUUUUCAGAGGCAACAGCUAAAAGUACAAAUGCAAGACCAAGUGUUAGUAAUGAAAAGAAUGGUGAAUCAUUGCGAACAUUUAAAGAAACACCUGAAAAGAAUCGAAUUGAUGAUCAUUAUGAAGAAAUCGUAUGGAAUUCACUUGUCAACGGGCCACCGGAUGCGCCUCCUCUCCCCGAAAAUUGGCAAUCAUCAUCAUCACGUAAGCCUACAUCACAAAACGCUGAAUAUGCAACAAUAUCAUCAAUUAUUAAACCACGCGGUGAUGAUGAUGAUGAUGAUGAUGGAUAUGAAAACCGACACCGAACAUAUUCAACAGAAAAAAAAUCAACAACAAAUGCUGUGAAUAAUUUACAAGAGAUUAUUGCUUCCAUUCAGCGACGAGGUCAAAUUUCCUUCACAUCAUCGCCAACACAACAACGUACAUCAAAUAUAGAUUUAAAAAACACUGAAUAUCGAAAUAAUAGUCAUUCACCUCGCGAUUCAUAUACCGAAAUCGAACCAGUGCAAGGUCAACAAUUCUUCGAUUCACAAAUAAGUCGUGACUCAAUUGCUACAGCAAGCGAUGGACAGAUACAAGCCAAUCACAAUGUUUCUGGUCAGUAUAAUUUUAACCUUAACAAACAACGUGAAUCUGUAAGUAGCCAACGUGACAUGCCAGUUAAACGAGCAAGUAGUCGAAAUGAUAGUACACUCGACGAUGAUGAAAAUUACAAUACACCGAGAGGAACGGAUCGUUCACCGUCACGCCAAGAUAGUUUGCAACAACAACAAGAUCACGGUUAUUCGAUAACUUAUGGUAAAAAUAGUGAAUAUCGUACACCAUCAAAUCGUGCCAGUGUUUCGUCAUCAUACGCACCCUCAAUUCAUGGUAAUGAUCAACACCAAGAUCGUCCACUAUCAGCUGCUAGUUCCAAUCGUCACUCAUCAACCUCAAAACGUGACAGUAUGCGGUCGGACUUAAAAUUUCCGCCACCACCACCGCCACAAUUAGAAGAUCUUGAUUUUGGCAGCAAUAAACGCCCAUCAUCCGCUUCAUCUUCAAUAGCAUCACAACGUUCACGUAAUAAAUAUCGAACAAAUCAUCUUCAGACAACUGAUCGUUUUAAUCCAGAUAUAGAUGUGCCACCGCCCAUACAACUAGAAAAUCUAGAAAGUGGCUCAACAACGCCCACUGAACAACCUACACCACGUCAACAACUUGACAGCGAUCGAAACGAUUAUACGGAAAUUAUUGAUCAAAGACGUAUUUCAAAUGUAUCUGAUCGACAACAACAACAACAACAUCAUCCUCGCCUGACACGAUCUCGCACAAACUCAGAUGGCGACGGUGAUGGUCAUUACUUAGCACCGAUAGUAUCCACGUCUACAGAUCUUAAUCAUUCAACAUCUCCCACACACAGCGGUCAUAAUAACAAUCAUUCUAAUCGAGCAUCUUCAACUUCGCUAGUCGCUUCGAAUGUAACAUCAAAAGUUGAAAAUUUACUACAUGAUCAAAAACGCUUAGAACAAGAAAUUGAAGAAACACUAAAACGUUUGACAUAUGAUUAUGAAGAUAUCAAAACACAAAUUGAAAAGAAAGAGGUAGCUAUACAUGCUGAAGUUAAACAUAUCAGUACACGUUUAGAUCAAGACAUCACAGAACACUAUUAUCGUAAACAAAAAAUAUAUUCAUCUUUGGCAAAUGAAACGCAAUCGGUCGGUAAUGAAUUAAAACGUUUGAAACAAACAGAUCAACGUAGUAUCCAACAAUUGAUAACUGGAAAUAAAUUAUGGGAUAAUUUAGAACAAUUAGAACAGAAUAUUCGACAAAUAAGAAAUGCGGUUGAAAAUGAAAAAGAACCACGUACAGCGCUCAAAUUUCAAGAAGGUAGACGAGCAUUAACAGCAGACACCAUUGGACAAAUCACGUGUAAUGAUGACCAACAACAACGGAAUAGACGACAGACAUCCUCUUAUGAUGAUUCAGAUGACAGACAUAAUCGAAUUCAACAAUUAUUCAAUCCAUCGGUACAAUCACAACUGCCAGGCGAUACAACAACAGCGUUGACACCAUAUAAAUACAUCAAGAUCGAUCAUUUGAGUAGUUUAGAACCGGAAGCUAUUGCAAUAGCUGACCAUAGUAAUAAAAUAUUAUUAGGUAUUUGUAAUAAAUUAUUCAUCUUAAAUGAAUAUGGUGAAAUAUUAAAAACGAUACCACUGGCACCGUCUAUUCGAGGCAUAGCAAUAUCAAAAAAGCAAUCAACAAAUAACAUUGCCUAUAUUUCACAUGAUGAAACAGUAUCAAUGAUUGAUAUUCAAACUGGCAAUAUAAUCGAUUGUGUUAAAGAAACUGAUGCCCAUGGUCAAUCGGGAACAUUUCUUCCAUUGGGUAUCGAUACGGAUAAUAUUAAUGGUCAUGUGUACGUCUGCGACUAUCGCAAUUCAUGUGUUAUUAAAUUUGAUGAUAAAUUAGAAUUUAUAACACAAUGGCGUAUAUUUAAUCAUUCUGAUAAUUAUGAUGAAGCUCGUCCAAAAUUAAUAUCCGUUUAUGGAACUAAAUUAUAUAUGAUUGUUGAACAUUCAUGUAAACCCUAUUAUAAUCAAGGUAUUGCCUAUACAUUUUCGUUGCAUAUAUGUGACAAUCAAAGUGGUCAUAUAAUAAAAAUAAUUGAUGAACAAUUAUUAUUAACACAGCGUUUACGUUGGCCAUGUAGUGUUCAAGCCAUUAAUGAUGAAAAAUGUUAUAUCUUAGAUACAAUGACAAGUGGAAAAUAUUUCAAUGGUCAAUGGCAAAAACAUUGGUCACGUGUUUUAGAAAUACAAUCACAAGGACAACAAAUAAUUGAAUUAUUUCAAUUAGAUAGUGAAGCAGCAACAAUGGCAAUGUCUAAACAAACAAUGAUUAUUGCUGCAAAUGCUGAAAUUUUAUACGUUGAUUUACAAUUUAUGUCUAAUAUCAAUAGUCGUGAUAAACGAUCAAAUUCAACAUCACCAGCAAAACCUCAUACAACAUCUUCAUCAUCGACGACAACAAUGCCUAGAGCUAGUAAAACAGCAGGAAUUGAAAACGAUUCACCAAGAUAUACAAAUAUGACAGCAACAAAUGAUUAUAACGGCAGAGGAGGAGAACAUAAUCACGAUUAUCAAAAUUUAUAA